AUGGACUUCCAAAUACUCUAUGGGGCCUACGUCAGACCGCUCCUGGAGUACGCCAACCAAGUUGUCUACUCAGGACGUACGAAAGACGUUACCCUCAUCGAGCGUGUCCAGCGGGCCGCCACUAGAAUGGUUGCCGGCCUCAAAUCCGUGGACUACGAAACGCGUCUCGCGAUGCUUGAUCUCUUUCCCCUGGAGUACCGUCGCCUCCGAGGGGACCUAAUUCUUACCUACGCCCUGUUUGAACAAAGCUUGGCAAACAGCCCAAUUGUUCACUUCUCCGUAAUCUGCUCAACACUUUUCGCCAUGUCUGACGAAGAGGAACAAGUGCAAACAUCUUAUUCACCAGCCGUGAAAGUCGGCGGUAUGCGAGUUGCUCGGCACGUCCGUGAAACAGAGGAGAAACCGCUUCCGCGGUCUGAGUUGAUGAAGCAGGCGGCGGAACACAAUUCUGAGAUUACGUCUGUGCGCGUUACGGAUCUGCUAACCAAGGAAGAACUUGACUUCCACGACAAAACCGUUAAAUCCAUGCAUGAUAAACCUCAGCCGAGCAUCUCCAAACCUCAUACGGAUCCGACCCGCCGUAUCAUCCAGCAGCCAAUGAAGUAGAAAAGGUCGCUCUUGAUAAGAUGUACUUUUUCGUUUUUUUGCACAAUGCCUAAAUACAUUUGCUUGGAAUUUCCGCACAUCUACGGUUUUGUUAUCAUCACGAAUCCCACGUAAUUGGAUUCCUCGGUCUGUUAGCAGGUGCGCUUUUGCAACGACUGUGUAAAUUGCCAUUAUUGUAUUCCACACUACUCUUCAGUUCCCACACCGAGUGGGAAUGUUCCUCUUGGUUGACUGUUGAUGCGGUAGGCAGGGGUGUAGGCCUUGGUGAGAGCCCUAGUCUUCGGAUGGUGGGUAUUUCACUCAACCAUUCCGGGUGGAUGAUAUAGUAGGGCGGUUGAUCACGAGUAUUUUUGUGUGUCUGAAAUAAACAACCACUCUGAUUCUUCAUUUUCGGAUUAUCUGGAUUUAGAUCGCCGUGGCUUUUGGAUCUGGUUGCAACUUCACCGCGAUAUAGGGAGAUUAGUGGUGGACGGAUUUUCCUUUCGACUGUUGUGAGGUUUGGUUCAAUCGCGGAGUCUUCACAGGCACCGGGACACGUUGCUAUCGUUCGUUCGGAUUUGGCUUUCCUCACCGUCUUUCUGCUCUCUCGAUAACCGUUC